AUGGCACCCGACACGCCGACGACUGCCAAGAGAAGCAGGCAAGCGCCAUGCACGGCGGCCAGCCUGCCGGAAGAGAUCCUGUCCGAGAUCCUGCUGCUUCUCCCGUCCAGGUCCAUCCUCCGGUUUCGCGUCGUCUGCCGCUCAUGGGCCGCCCUGCUCUCCUCCCCGGCCUUCAAGGACGUCUACGCCGCCAAGGCCCGUGCCCGUGCCCGGCGCAUGGACAAGUUCGUCGUCUUCGCGCCGUCACCCAACGCCAACGGGUCCAUGGCGGUCUACUCCUGCGCCCGAGGCGCCGCCGUCGCGGAUCCUCUCUUUACCGUCGACCGUGUGCGCGUCGACUUCAUGUGCUUGUCGAGCAAGCCCUGCCAUGGCACCAUGCUCUUCUCGGACACCCGCUCCGGCGUCUAUUGGGUGUGUAACCCUAGCACCGGAGAGUGUGUCCCCUUGCCAAAGCAGCGCCGUGGCUUGAUGCAAUCGAGUGCCGGCCUGGUGUACGAUGAUCGGACCAAAGAGCGCAAGGUGGUCCAUCUCUUCAAGGAUAUGACGCAUUUCGGGUGCGAUAUUUACGCCCUCUGCAAUCCUACUCAGCAGUGGAGGCCGGCCAACCAGGACGUUCAGCUCCUGGGGUUCAACAUCCUAAAAUCCGUCUUGGGAACCGAAGACUCCGUGACAAAGAUACCUCCGGUAUUUGCAAAUGGAUGCUUGCACUGGCUAGCUUACCCGGCAUACAUGGACACCCCGGAUGGCCAGGACGCCAUUCUUUGCUUCUCCGUUGACACGGAAACCUUCACACGGCUCAACGCACCUUCAAGUGUGCACUUGGCAGCAGAGUACAAAGAAUUGGACGAGAACUUGCCGGCGGUCCCAAUGCAUCUAGCGGAGCUAGAAGGCUCGUUAUGCCUGGUCCAUGAUCUCCGCCGACGAGGGCAAGGUAGGAGCUGGCUAGAUGUAUGGAUGCUCAGGGAUCAUGUUGUCAAUGAGUGGUCACUAGACCACCGCAUCGUUGUCACACCUCUUCUUGCACGAGAUGUACAUAGCCCCCGGUUCAUCACUGUGCUCGGCUCCUCUAGUGACGGCGACAGUUGUGCGGGCAAUGAGCAGGAGAAGAAGAAGAUAUUGAUCGCCACGUCACAACACCAGGUCCAUGCUUACGAUCCAAAGGAGGGGGGUAUCCAACUUGUCUUCUCUGCUCCAAAGACUAAUAUCCGGAUCGGCCGAAAGGAGGCAGCUGCCGCGCUUUGGCUUGGUCUCUACGAGGACAAUGUAGUCCAGGUUGAGGGGGCAAAUAGUCGAGAUAAGGAGGUAUUAUCGGCAGUUACCAAGAUCCUAGCGCGACUUCCGGUCAAGUCUAUAGCUCAUUCCAUGUUGGUAUGCAGACAGUGGCGCUCACUCAUCGAGAGUGAGAGUUUUAUUAUAUCACACAUGUCAAUGAAGAGGCCGAAGAGGAUUUUGAUGGCCAGUAAUGGCCGUCCACGGCGUGCUUUCUUUGAAUUUACCACGGUGGGAAAUUGGCUUGAAGCUGCAAGCCCCGCUCUUGCCGACACUCUUGUCAACGAUAAGGUCAUAUGCUCCAAACCAUGCCACGGGCUCAACUUGAUAAGCACCAACACUGAUGACUUUAUGUGCAACCCAUGCACCGGUGCCAUCAAGUGUCUGGGAAGGCAUGGCAAAUCACACUUCACACCGGCUGGACAUGAACGCCAUCACGCAUUUUCGGUUGGUAGAAACAUCGGUUUCGGUUUCGACCAGUCAACUGGAGAGCAUGUGGCCGUCGAGAUAGGAUACAUCAACGGAACCUUGGCUUGCGUGAUCAAAACGAGCAGCGAGAAGCAGUGGAACUGCAUUGGUAAGCCGCCGAGGAUGGUGAGCGAUAUGCCACCAGCGCAUGUCGAUGGGACACUCUACUGGACGAGCGAGCCCGGACACGAGCGAGUCAUCGUUGCCUUGGACAUCUCCACCCGUGAAUUCAACAUCCUUCCGUGUGAACCAAGCUUGAAUAAUGACCGUCGCCACGCCUUUCUUGUCGAGCUGAAGGGAAUGCUCUCGCUCGUGGCCGUGGACGCUAGUGCGGGAGAGAUGGUCAUAUGGACGAUGCCCAAGAACAUGUCCUCGUGGGUUGGUGCGUACAAGAUAUGCCUCGACGAACAUCCUGAUUAUUCUCUCGCGAAGGGUCAGGUGGUAAUGCCGGUGGAGAUAGACGAUGGUAACGAUGGAAGGAUCCUUCUCAACACCGGACGGGCUUUAGGGUACUACGACGCCAAGACAGGAGAGCUGGACAGCAUGUACUCGUUGGACCAACUGAAGCUCCCCCGGAGCAGCUUGGCCUUCCCUGUCUUGUGCCAGGAGAGCCUGGCGCGCAUUCAAGACGACGAACUCCCCAGCCUCGUCGCUCCCUCGGUUCGCGAUGAAGGAUGCAGGCCAUGCGAGCACCCUGAGCACGCCGACACAACGCUAAGGCAAGGACGACUCUUGCUGCUCAAGUGUGAGGGCGACGCAUGUCUGGAUGUCGGAGACGUCUACCGGAGCUGCUGCAGGAGGCUGCUUUGCUGGAGUUGCCAAAGCCGCUGCAUCGAGCACUGUCAGACUCAGACACUUGCACUACUCCCCGAUCCUGUGCUCCCAACUGACGGUCAUAAUUGGGCUUGGAACAAAUUAGGUCCGGACGCUAGCUUGCCUUUUUGCCAUCCGUCCGUGCCAGGUCCAGAGUACUGCUACUAUUACCCGAUCGUGGAGGGAGAUGUGGUUCGUCAUGUCUUCAUGUCUAUCAGGGAUUACAUUCAAGGGAAGCAGUGGUGUCGUUUGGCCGAGUGUGGAUACAGAACAGAGGGAGAUGCAGUCAAGGAAACGUGGGUUCGGAGGUACCUCAAGCCGUGA